UUUUUUUCCCCUUCCUUCGAAGCCUCUUUUUGGAAACCCUAGCUAGGGUUUUUAAGGGUUGGUGAUCAGCUGGUGUCUCAGCUAUAGAGAAAAUUUGGAGGUUUAUUCGCGGCUGGUAAUUUCAGACUUUUUUUUUUUAAUUUUUCCGUUAUGGCGAAGAAGAAAGAGAAGAAAGUGAACAUAUCCGGUAAUCCUAAGCAUUCACUGGAUGCGAAUCGCAAAGAUGGCAAAAACAACUCCCGGAGCGCCGCCACCGUUCGCCGCCUCAAGAUGUACAACACGAGGCCCAAACGUGACCGGAAGGGAAAGAUUUUGCAGCAUGAAUUACAGUCCAAGGAAUUGCCCAACACCCGAAUCCAACCCGACCGGCGGUGGUUCGGGAACACUCGGGUUGUGAACCAGAAGGAACUUGAAUUUUUCCGUGAGGAGCUCCAGAGCCGUAUGUCAAGCAACUACAAUGUCAUAUUGAAGGAGAAGAAACUGCCAUUGUCACUCUUGAAUGAUCACCAGAAGCAAGCCAGAGUUCAUCUACUUGAUACACAGCCUUUUGAGGAUGCAUUUGGACCCAAGACUAAGAGGAAGCGUCCAAAACUCAUGGCAGCGGAUUAUGAUUCUUUAGUUAAGCACGCUGAUGGGUCUCAGGAUGCAUUUCAGCAAAAGUAUGGUGUUGAUGCAUCAGCUGAAGGAAGUGGAGAAGAUGGAUUCAGAGACCUGGUUCGCCAUACAAUGUUUGAGAAGGGUCAGAGUAAACGUAUUUGGGGUGAGCUCUACAAAGUUAUUGACUCGUCUGAUGUUGUUGUCCAGGUACUCGAUGCAAGAGACCCACAAGGUACCAGAUGUUACCACUUAGAGAGGCAUUUGAAGGAGCAUUGCAAGCAUAAAAACAUGGUUUUUUUGUUAAACAAGUGUGAUUUGGUUCCUGCCUGGGCGACAAAAGGCUGGCUUAGAGUAUUAUCCAAGGAAUAUCCGACUCUUGCAUUUCAUGCUAGCAUCAACAAGUCCUUUGGCAAGGGUUCUCUUCUGUCUGUAUUGAGACAAUUUGCCCGCUUAAAGAGUGACAAACAAGCAAUUUCUGUGGGAUUUGUUGGGUAUCCUAAUGUCGGGAAGUCAUCAGUUAUUAAUACCCUGCGCACCAAAAAUGUAUGCAAGGUUGCUCCUAUCCCCGGGGAAACUAAAGUAUGGCAAUAUAUAACACUCACAAAGAGGAUUUUCUUGAUCGACUGUCCUGGAGUUGUUUAUCAGAACAAAGACACUGAGACAGAUGUUGUGCUGAAGGGUGUGGUGCGGGUCACAAACUUGGAAGAUGCUGCAGAACACAUAGGAGAAGUUCUGAAGCGAGUUAAGAAGAAGCACCUUGAAAGAGCAUACAGAAUAAAAGACUGGGUUGAUGAUAAUGACUUUCUAGUUCAACUAUGCAAACUGACAGGCAAACUUUUGAAGGGUGGUGAACCGGAUUUGAUGACUGCGGCAAAAAUGGUUCUCCAUGACUGGCAGAGGGGUAAAAUACCAUUUUUUGUGCCACCUCCAUGUCAAAAAGACGAAGAAUCAGAGGGACCCAAUGUUGAUAGCAAAGAUGAAGAUGCAGAGACCGAUAACAACCAGGCAUCUGCAGCUUUUAGAGCCAUUGCAAAUGUUAUUUCGUCUCAACAGCAAAUGAGUGUCCCUGUUCAAAGGGAUCUCUUCAGUGAGGCCGAGUUAAAGGGUGAAACCGCAGAGCAACUUCCAGCAACCGAGAGCGACUCAGAUCACCAGCUACCAAAAAUAGAGUCAUAGAUUUUAUGUCAAAACAACGUAGUACAGUAAUGUUCUUUUUCUUACCGUGUUUUGUUUUCUAAUCUUUUAUUUUAGAUGAGUGUAAUAUUUAUAUAAAAAUGGAGAUUACAGUGUAGUUGAUUUUGAUAAUAUAUUUAUUUUUUCCAA